AUGGAGCCGCUAUAUGUUAGCGAAACAGUCACCACGACUUCUAGUCUUUCGUUUGGCAAAGUGACGCUACCGCGUCUCCCGCUGCAGCAAUACCAUGUCGUGGUUAGGCUAUGGCAAAAACUUGACUCUUGGACACUCCACUUUGAAGCAGUGGUGGAUCUACGAAGAUUGGCAUUGCUUCGAAGGCCGUCUAGAGAGUUAGACGACGAGGACUUGAAGGAAAACAGCAUCAUUUGGUGUUUCGACGAGCGUGAAUACACAUUGCCUGAGAACAUCAACAACAAAAGCAUAAUGGAAGCUCACCGGAGAGCCUCCCUGACUAGAGGCAGAAAUGUACCCAAGAUGUCCUACAAUGUGGACGACAUACGCCUUUUGACUAGUCUAGAUACGGGCGUCAAGGAAUUGACAUUGCUGAAUAUGAAGCUUCUGAACCAAAUUGACUCGGUUUUGGAUUCUGUUAAGGGGAAGGUAUCUGAGCACGAUCCAGAGGAAUCCAGGGCCCUUAAGUUUCGAAUCCACACUUUGCACCGAUACAUCACGAAACAACGAAAUAACAACGAUACGUUGAGCUCCAAAGUUUACGAACGCAAAGUGCUUAUAGGAAAUCUUCAGCGAGCAUUAGAGGAUCACUUCCCUCCUUUCAAGGAUCUCUGUGAGGGCCAACUCGAAUACGUCACAUCGCAGAUCGACCCGAUCCACGAGCUGCUCGGCGCUGCUGUCAAUCCAGAAAUUGUGCUGUCUUUGAGAGCCAUGGGAGAUAUUAUCUCACGGUGUUUCCUUAUAGAAUCUGUGGGUGAGGAGAGGUUCUCAAUAUUGGGAAUCGACUUCCCCAGCUCGACCAAAGAGCUUCUCAACACCUGCUACGAUACACUGAAGGCACAAGUCCCAGACCUCCCGACGUCAGUUGACAGAAUCAAUGCAGGGCUCUCGUACAUUGUUGCCUUAAUGCUCAUUCUUGCUGAUAUACUAGGGGUGCUGCUUAACUACGCUAUGAAGUACUUGGGCAGUCGCAGCACAGUGGUGGACCACCUUGCAGACAGCACGAGAAAAUCUGUCAAAGUGACGUACCCGUUAUUUUUUGAUGCAAGGCACAGUGAAAAAGUGGUGGAUUCCAACGGGCGCCGAACGCAGCUUAAAAAUAUCAAGUUCGAGCAGGGCCUACAUCUUCUUAACAAGAACUUGGUCACGUUGAUCGACGCUGCUUCCAAUCUUUACUCACAGCUUUUCGACCACAAAGCAAAGCGGCUAACACUGCCUUCCGAAGGCAUUGAUAACCUUUUGUGGAACCUAAAGCAUCUUCUCUUGUUCAUGACGGCGCCAGAGUCCGCUGCAGCCAACAGCCACUAG